AAUGCAGGCUAUCCAAUUAUGAGACUCAGUGAGAACUGAGCUGCUGCUGGUGCAUACGGUAUGGGAACAGCAAACUUCAUUGCCCUGGCAGUCCGCCUGGAUUGAUAACUGUCACCCCUCCUCCAGCAAGCUUUGAAAUUGCACGGAGUACUGGAAACACUAAUCCUCUCGGAAGCAGUUGACUGUGGCAGGAUGUGUGGAUGAUGAUGAUGGCAAGAAAGCAAGAUGCUCGCACUCCCACCUACAACAUUAAUGUGGUGGGAUUGUCCGGGACAGAGAAGGAGAAGGGGCAGUGUGGCAUUGGGAAGUCUUGCCUCUGCAAUCGGUUUGUGCGGCCUAGUGCAGAUGACUUUCAUUUGGACCACACUUCAGUUCUCAGCACCAGUGACUUUGGAGGAAGGGUUGUCAAUAAUGAUCACUUUCUGUACUGGGGGGAAGUUGGGCGUCCCCUGGAGGAUUGCGUGGACUGUAAAAUGCAUAUUGUGGAACAGACUGAAUUUAUUGACGACCAGACUUUUCAGCCACAUCGUAGCACGGCCCUGCAGCCCUACAUCAAAAGGGCAGCUGCAACCAAACUUGCAUCAGCUGAAAAGCUCAUGUACUUUUGCACUGAUCAGCUGGGGCUGGAACAGGACUUUGAACAAAAACAAAUGCCAGAUGGGAAGCUGCUGAUUGAUGGCUUUCUUCUCUGCAUCGAUGUUAGUAGAGGUAUGAACAGGAAUUUUGAUGAUCAACUUAAGUUUAUUUCAAAUCUUUACAAUCAACUAGCAAAAACAAAAAAGCCCAUUGUGGUGGUCCUGACGAAGUGUGAUGAAGGAGUGGAGCGGUACAUUCGAGAUGCACAUACUUUUGCCUUAAGCAAAAAGAAUCUCCAGGUUGUGGAGACAUCUGCUAGAUCCAAUGUGAAUGUUGACCUGGCUUUCAGCACUUUAGUGCAGCUAAUUGAUAAAAGUAGGGGGAAGACUAAAAUUAUCCCCUACUUUGAAGCUUUGAAACAGCAGAGCCAACAGAUAGCUGCUUCAAAAGAUAAGUAUGAAUGGCUGGUUAGCCGCAUUGUCAAAAACCACAAUGAAACAUGGUCGAAUGUCAGCCGGAAGAUGCAGUCCUCUCCAGAAUAUCGGGACUACGUGUAUUUGGAAGGAACACAGAAAGCCAAGAAGUUGUUCCUACAACAUGUCCAUCGCCUCAAGCAAGAGCAUAUUGAGCGCAGAAGAAAGAUGUAUCUUGCUGCUCUUCCUCUAGCAUUUGAUGCUCUUAUUCCUAAUCUGGAUGAAAUAGAUCACCUGAGCUGCGUAAAAGUAGAGAAGUUAUUGGAGACUAAGCCAGAUUUCUUAAAAUGGUUUGUUGUUCUUGAUGAGACCCCUUGGGAUGCUACUAGCCAUAUAGACAACAUGGAAAAUGAAUGCAUUCCUUUUGACCUGAUGGAGACUCUGCCUGCAGAGCAACUUUAUGAAGCUCACUUAGAAAAGCUGAGAAAUGAGAGGAAAAGAGCAGAAAUGAGAAGGGCUUUCAAAGAAAAUCUGGAGACUUCCCCUUUCAUAACACCUGGAAAACCAUGGGAAGAGGCUCGUAGUUUUAUUAUGAAUGAGGAGUUUUACAUGUGGCUGGAGGAAUCUGUCUAUAUGGAUAUCUACGGCAAACACCAAAAACAAAUUAUAGAAAAGGCAAAGGAGGAGUUUCAGGAACUGCUUCUGGAAUAUUCAGAAUUGUUUUAUGAGCUGGAGCUGGAUGCUAAACCUAGCAAAGAGAAAAUGGGGGUCAUUCAAGAGGUUUUAGGUGAAGAGCAAAGAUUUAAAGCUUUACAAAAGCUGCAAGCCGAGCGAGACGCCCUUAUUUUGAAGCACAUUCAUUUUGUGUAUCACCCAACUAAGGAAACUUGUCCUAGCUGCCCAGUUUGUAUAGACUCUAAAAUCGAGCACUUGAUCAGUUCCAAGUUUAUAAGACAAUCCGAGCGCAAUCAGAAAAACUUGCUUUCUGAUUCCAAUAUAGAUAGGAUCAAUCUAGUUAUUCUUGGCAAAGAUGGCCUCGCACGUGAACUAGCAAAUGAGAUCCGAGCUCUGUGUACAAAUGAUGACAAGUAUGUGAUAGAUGGUAAAAUGUAUGAACUUUCCUUGAGACCAAUUGAGGGUAAUGUCCGACUUCCUGUUAAUUCUUUUCAGACACCAACAUUUCAGCCACACGGUUGUCUCUGCCUUUAUAAUUCGAAGGAAUCUCUAUCUUACGUUGUGGAAAGUAUUGAAAAGAGUAGAGAGUCCACCCUUGGCAGAAGGGACAAUCACUUGGUUCAUCUUCCUCUGACACUAAUACUGGUUAACAAGAGAGGGGACACCAGUGGAGAAACACUGCAUAGCUUAAUACAGCAAGGUCAGCAGAUCGCCAGUAAACUACAGUGUGUCUUUCUUGACCCCGCUUCUGCUGGCAUUGGAUAUGGACGUAACAUUAAUGAAAAGCAAAUCAGUCAAGUUUUGAAAGGAUUACUGGACUCGAAGCGUAACUUAAAUCUUGUAAGUUCUACAUCUAGCAUCAAAGAUUUAGCAGAUGUUGACCUUCGAAUUGUUAUGUGUUUGUUGUGUGGAGAUCCUUUUAAUGCAGAUGACAUCCUUCUACCUAUCCUUCAGUCCCAAACCUACAGACCUUCCCAGUGUGGCAGUAGUAACUCAGUUCUACUUGAACUACCAAUAGGAUCACACAAAAGACGGAUAGAACUGUCCAUCCUUUCAUACCAUUCCUCAUUCAGCAUUAGGAAAAGCCGGUUAGUCCAUGGGUACAUUGUGUUUUUUUCAGCAAAACGUAAGGCGUCCUUGGCUAUGUUACGUGCCUUUCUUUGUGAAGUGCAGGAUAUUAUCCCUAUUCAAAUUGUGGCACUCACAGAUGGCUCAAUAGACAUUUUAGACAAUGACUUAAGUCGAGAACAGCUGACUGAGGGACAGGAGAUUGCCCAAGAAAUUGAUGGAAAGUUUACGACAAUAUCCUGUAGCCCGCCUCAACAUAAACUCGAGAUCUUUCACUCAUUCUUUAAAGAUGUGGUGGAGAAAAAAAAUAUAAUUGAAGCCACUCAUAUGUAUGAUAAUGCUGCUGAAGCAUGCAGCACGACGGAAGAAGUGUUUAAUUCACCUCGGGCUGGCUCACCUCAUUGUAAUUCAAACCUUCAUGAUUCAGAAGAAGACACUGAGCCACCAUCUUACAGCCCAUUUAGAGAGGACACAUCCAUGCCCACUUUGCCCAAAGAUCAUUCUAAACUGUCAAUGGAACUGCUGGAGGGGAAUGAUGGUCUGUCUGUCUUUUCUGUUAUGAGCACUUUCGAAAGCAAGCUGAACAACAAAGUACCUCCUCCAGUGAAACCAAAGCCCCCUGUACACUUUGACAUUACAAAGGGGGAUCUGCCUUAUUUGGAACAAGGGCAUAGAGAUGGACAGAGGAAGUCUGUGUCAUCUAGUAGUUGGCUGCCUACAGAUGGUUUUGACCCUUCUGAUUAUGCAGAACCUAUGGAUGCUGUGGUCAAACCAAGGAAUGAGGAGGAAAAUAUAUACUCUGUGCCUCAUGACAGCACCCAAGGCAAAAUCAUCACCAUUCGUAAUAUUAACAAAACUCAGUCUAAUGGCAGUGGUAAUGGUUCAGACAGUGAAAUGGACACAAGCUCUCUGGAACGUGGUCGAAAGGUGUCUAUUGUUAGUAAACCUGUGUUGUAUCGGACAAGAUGUGCAAGACUUGGGAGAUUUGCCAGUUACAGAACCAGUUUCAGUGUAGGAAGCGAUGAUGAGUUGGGGCCCAUUAGGAAGAAAGAAGAAGACCAGACAUCCCAAGGAUAUAAGGGGGAUAAUGCUGUUAUUCCGUAUGAAAGUGCAGAUGGAGAAGAUCCAAGGAGAAGGAACAUUUUACGAAGCUUGAGAAGGACAACAAAGAAACCAAAGCCAAAGCCUCGGGCAUCCAUCACAAAGACUCCGUGGGAAAGUAAUUAUUUUGGGGUGCCUUUGUCCACUGUAGUGACUCCAGAAAAGCCUAUUCCCAUCUUUAUCGAGCGAUGUAUUGAGUACAUUGAAGCAACAGGGUUGAAUACUGAAGGAAUCUAUCGUGUGAGUGGAAACAAGUCUGAAAUGGAGAGUCUGCAGAGACAGUUUGAUCAAGAUCACAAUCUAGACCUGGCAGAGAAGGACUUUACAGUGAAUACUGUGGCUGGUGCCAUGAAAAGCUUCUUCUCAGAACUGCCCGAUCCCCUGGUACCGUACAAUAUGCAGAUUGAAUUGGUGGAGGCCCACAAAAUUAAUGACCGAGAGCAGAAGCUACAUGCGCUCAAAGAGGUGCUGAAGAAAUUUCCCAAGGAGAACUAUGAGGUCUUCAAAUAUGUCAUCUUUCAUUUGAACAAGGUCAGUCACAACAACAGAGUGAAUCUGAUGACGAGCGAGAACCUCUCCAUCUGCUUCUGGCCCACCUUGAUGAGACCUGACUUCAGCACUAUGGACGCUCUCACUGCAACUCGCACCUAUCAGACAAUCAUUGAACUCUUCAUCCAGCAGUGCCCCUUCUUUUUCUACAAUCGACCAAUUAUCGAGCCCCCCAGUGCUACACCCAGUUCUCCGUCAGCGGUUCCUGCCAGCACACCUGUCUUAUCCAGCACACCUGUGAUGACUCAGCCGUCCCCACCACAGACUCCUCCUCCGUCACCACAGUCUCCUCUCCAGCCUCUUCUCCCAUCCCAGCUUCAAGCGGAGCAGCACACACUGUGAACUGGUGUGGGAGACAGGAGGUUUGGUCUUUUCUCACACAGCGUGGAGAUCGGAAAGAAGACCCAGGGUUCUGCUGUCCCCCCCUCUCUACCAUCCUGUUGCAAGCUACAGCUGUGUUGGCAGUCUGAGAAAGCAGGAACAAGUUGGGCCAUUGGGUGCACAUUUUGAGCGUUCCAGACUGGUGCCUGGGACUGGGUUGAAGAGGACAUUGGACCUUUCUCUUGUUUGUGGGAGGGAGGGGGAGGGGGCACUUUUGAGUACUGAAUCUGUUCAAGUGUGAUUGGUUCUGAUCCAAGCCAACCUACGUUCAUGACAACACUACCGAGUUCAGUCUAGGGCUCUGAGAUCUAUUGCUUCUGUCCACUUGGCUGCUUGUACAGAACAUGUCCUUUGACUGACUCUUCGCAACACCCUCAGCCUGUCUAUGGGAAAGAUCCUGCCAGAGCGCAGAGCCGCAGAAACACCCAAACACGUUCCACAGGAUAUGGUUGAGGCUCAUCAAACACUAAAAAAAAAAAAAAAAAA